AUGUCGCAACCCUAGAAAGCCUAGUGUCCAUUCUGGAACGCCUCCCUGCUUCCUUUCCUUCAUAGAGCCCGGCCAUAUUGUUUUCUCCAUCCCGAGGAAGCCAGGGCCAUGGCACUAAGAGUCCUCCGCUUCGUGGCAUGGGCCCUGUUUCUCCAGCUUGCAGCUACAAAGCCAGGCGGCCAGCCAUGCGCAGCCAGGGACUUUGGCCAGGGGUCGGUGGUGUGCGAAUGCGGUGCUGACUACUGUGACACGUUGGGGCCGGUGGCCCUCCCGGCCCUGGGCUCCUUCGCCAAAUAUGAAAGCAACAAGGCCGGGCAGCGCCUGCGGAGGAGUGAAGGGGCCCUACGGAGAGGGGCCCCUGGGGACGAAAGACUUGUUUUGCAACUCAAGCCCUCCCAAAAACACCAAAAGAUCAAGGGUUUUGGAGGGGCCCUCACCGAUUCCGCCGCCAUCAACAUCCUUUCGCUCUCCCCAAAGACGCAGGCCAACCUUCUCAAGUCUUACUUCUCCGAUGAAGGCAUCGAGUACAGCCUGGUCCGCGUCCCCAUGGCGAGCUGCGACUUCUCCGUCCGACUCUACACUUACGCGGACUCCGAGGAGGACUUUGAGCUGAAGAGCUUCCGCUUGAGCGAGGAGGACACCAGCAUGAAGAUCCCGAUCCUCCAGCAAGCCCAGGCGGUGGCCCCGAGGGCCCUCUCCUUGUUCGCCAGCCCCUGGACGUCCCCCACGUGGAUGAAGACCAGCGGGGCCAUGACGGGGCGCGGGACCCUCAAAGGGAGACCCGGGGACAAGUACCACAAGACCUGGGCCAACUAUUUCGUCAAGUUCUUGGACGAAUACGCCAAGCACAACCUGAGCUUCUGGGCCCUGACGGCGGGCAACGAGCCCACAGCCGGGGAGGUCAUCUUCUACCCAUUCCAGAGCCUGGGCUUCUCCGCGGAGCACCAGCGGGACUUCAUUGCCCAGGACCUGGGCCCGGCUCUGGCCAACAGCACCCACAAAGGCAUCCGCCUGAUCAUCCUGGACGACCAGCGCAUCUUGCUCCCACACUGGGCCGAAGUGGUUCUCCAGGACCCUGCAGCCUCCCGCUAUGUCCACGGGAUCGGCAUCCACUGGUACCUGGACUUCUUGGCCCCGGCGGGCCCCACGCUCUCCAGCACCCACCGCCUCUUUCCCGACUACUUCAUCCUCGCCACCGAAGCUUCUGCUGGGUCCUACUUUUGGGAGCCUAGAGUAAUCCUAGGGGGAUGGAACCGGGGCAGCAAGUACAGCCACAGCAUCUUGACGAACCUCAACAACUUCGUCACCGGGUGGACCGACUGGAACUUGGCGCUGAACAUGGAAGGGGGUCCCAACUGGAGCAAGAACUACGUGGAUAGCCCCGUCAUCGUGGACGCAGCCAAGGACGUCUUCUACAAGCAGCCCAUGUUCUACCACUUGGCUCACUUCAGCAAGUUCCUCCCAGAAGGAACACAGAGGAUCGGUGUCCAAAGCAGCCAACCGACGGGGCUGGAAUUCUCAGCCUUCCUGCGGACAGACGGCUCCGCGGCCGUCGUGGUCUUGAACCGCUCCCCCGAGGAUGUGCCCUUCUGCAUCUCCGAUCCGGAUGUUGGUCACAUCGACGCCAUGGCAACCGCCGACUCCAUCCAGACCUAUCUUUGGAAGAGGCCCAGCAGCAGCAGAGACCCUCCUGGCCUCAUCUCCCUUCCAUGAGAAGGUUUGAUGGAGGAGAGGUUCCUGGAGGCCAGGAAGCCCAGGACGAGCAUGGCUGGUUCAAGCUUUGGUUGCCAUCUUGUGCUUCCUAAAUACUUCAUUCUCUUCUUUCCCUGGUGUUCCCUUACAAUAAAUGGCACCACCGUUCUUUUCUACCCACGCGACGCUUGCCGUAGGCUUUCCUCUGGCCUGCUUUUCAGGAAGCCGACCCAAG